CAACUCCCCGUGCCACUCUUCACAGCGACUCGACUCCUUUAAUUCCUCUCUCUUGCUCCUCCCUCUUUGUGGGCUUUGAGUUGGUCGCGAUGGAGAGUGGGAGGAAAGGGAAGGGCCUUCUCAUGUAUUUCCUGUUAAUGGGGCUGGUUUCUCAUGAAGUGGUCACACCCGUUGUGUGCAGGAGCCUCGAGAAGUUUGCUGACCAGAAGAACUACUACUCUCCUGAUCCACAUGCACCGAGCCAUCCCAGACACUCACACAGGACUCCUUCUUGCGGAACACCGCCGCACGGCGGGACGCCGACGCCGACGCCGACGCCAACACCAACACCAACACCAUCCCAUGGAGGUGGUGGCCACUCCAAUCCGCCAUCUGGUGGUGGGUACUCCAAUCCGCCAUCUGGUGGUGGGUACUCCAAUCCACCGCCUGCACCGAUCGUCGACGCCCCUCCUUCCCCUCCCCUGGUUCCUAUCGUCCCUCCAACUCCAUUUACUCCGGUGAGCCCCACGCCUCCGGCGCCGCCGUUUAUUCCGAAUCCAAAUAUCCCGCCAUUCUUCACUGGCACAUGCGACUUCUGGAGGACGCACCCAGCAGCAAUAUGGGGCCUCUUUGGUUACUGGGUCCCCGUCGGCCAAUUCUUCGGGUUGCCAUCUACUUCGAUGUUUGGGAGGAACCUGAGCUUACCGGAGGCACUGGCGAACACUCGCAAGGAUGGCUUCGGAGCUCUCCUCCGCGAAGGGACGGCUUCUCUUCUCAACUCCAUGGUGAACCGGAGGUUUCCCCUGACGACGCAGCAAGUGACGGACGCUUUUGCCGCUGCUGCAGCGUCCAACAAGGCUGCUGCAGCCCAAGCCCAGCUCUUCAAGAAGGCUAAUGAGGGCCAUCUCAAGCACAAUUAGUAGCGCCUCCUGAUAUUUUCCUUCAAUGGUACAUGCGUUUUCGCUGUAGUCUCGUGUAAUGAGCUUGAGUGGUGUGUAUGACUGAUGAUCUUCUUUGUGUGUGUUAAUGUCUUGUGUCAAAGCUUCGUAAUUUCAAAUGUAGUGCGAUGUUGUGGGGAGUGGAAAUGGCAUUAAAGAUGAAACAUGAGCAUAUGUUGCAGUGGACCGAACUCGGUUAA